AUGAAUUUCAAUCAGUCAUUCGUUGACUAUAAGACUGUCACCUCUACGAUCGUAUCAUUUGAGGUGCUCAUUGGAAGUCUGGCUAAUGGAUUUAUGGUUACGGCAAGUCUGAUAGACUGUGCUUCUCGCAGGAAGUUGGGCUCCUGUGAAUCCAUAUUAAUCUGCCUUGGCCUUUCACGCUUUGCCUUCCUGUGGACCCUGUUUUUUAUGUACUUGAUGUCGGUUUAUCUUACUAGCCUGAACGGUAAAUAUACGGAUGCUGUCAUGUACAUCUUCCUGUGCUUUAGCAAUAGCAGUUUGUGGUAUGCCACCUGGCUCUGCAUGUUCUACUGCGUCCGCAUCGUCAACAUCAGCAACUGCAUCUUUGUUGUUUUCAAAAAGAAUUUCGACCGCUGCCUUCCCAUCUUGCUUCUUGGAAGUUUAGCCAUAUCAGUAGCCUUCAGUCUUCUUUUACUCUGCAAUAGUUUGACCAAUGUGGACUUCAUCAGCUCAUCAAACUCACAACCAUUAGGGGUUCCCAGCAAAUCCACCUCCCGCUUUCUGAUCACUUCUUUCAUAGGGAGCGCACCGCCAUUUCUAGUUUUCUGCAUAGCAGCUUGGCUGGUGGUAUAUUCCCUGACGAAGCACACAAGGAGGAUGAAGGAACAAGAACGGACAAGUUUCAAGGAACCCUCACUAGAAGCUCAUUAUGGGGCAGUGAAAUCUGUGGGACACUUCUUCCUGUUUUAUGCAAUUUACAUCAUCUCAUUUAACCUGUACCAAGCCGGAAUAGCCAGCCCUAACUCCAUAGAGGGAUUGUUUUGCACUGUAUUGACCGGAUCUUAUCCGUCGGUGCAUUCGGUGCUGCUUCUUCUUCAGAACAACAAACUGCAACAAACCCUCAUCAGUUUUUGGCAAAAAAUUAGUUGCUAUCAUCAUGCCAAGGUGAAAAAAGCAGAGUCUACUUCUACAUGUAAUACUGCAUAG